AUGGAUAUCCUGAGGAAUGAAGUUAAGAAGGUAGAGGACUGCUCAUUAUCUAUGAAGGAGGCUCUUGGAAGAUGCCAGGACGUAGCCGGCUUUAUUGGACUAUAUCUCCGAAGAAACCCAAGCAGGAGGCACCCGGAGUUUUUGGAGUUUUAUGAUGAUCUCGAUGUGUCGUCGCAAGUGCUUCUCUAUGAGCAUAAGAGAAAGAUGGUCAAGAACGACAGAUUUGAGCUAGAGUGCAUAACGAGGUACUGCAUAGAGCAACGCUCAGAACUGUCCUACGACAUCAUAAGGACCAUAAGUAAUCCCAAGAUUCUAUUCAAAGCGCUGGCAGCAAGUUUUUCGUCUGUCGACCUCGACGAAGAGGAUGAUUUUUUCUUUACAAGGUGCAUAGUGCUGGCGUUGAGGACCCACAGCAUAGACUCUGACGAGAUGGAUACCCUUAUAGCUGGUGUUGGGUGCCACUUCAGCGAUGGACGCAGGGUAUACUAUGAGCACGGAGCCAUUGUCGCAAGUGUUUUGCUGAAUACAUGUGAGUUUGGCGUAGAGUCCAUGGACGAGGCACAGAGAAUGAUUGGCGACAUACCCCCCUGUGUGCUGAAGAAAGACAGAAAACAUGCCUUUGUAGAUCCAAGCAAUGCAUUUAGUCGUUACAAGAGGGUGGAAAACGACCUUGGGAUUGUUAGGAGUAGCUGGAGACCAAGGUACCUCCAAGAGGCGAUUAAGAUCAUUGCAGAGGAGAAGGACAUCGAAAAGAUCGAGAUCAGCUUCAAAUGCUUUCCAGAUUUGGUCGGAAGUGCAACCGAAAGAACAUUGAAGCACAGAGGUAAGGAAGCACUCGAGGUGCUUGUCGGCUACGACGGAUUUGAGGAGCACAAGGUCGAUGCCAUUUCUUCCCUUCUCCGGAAGUCCUUUGGGUUUCUUGCAGGUGAUGCCGUGGAUGAUUUCUUUAACACAAGACUCUGCCUGAAACACAGGAUCAUUUUGAUUUUCUCCUUUAGGAAGGUCAUUAAGGAAGUGUCCUGCGAUCAAGCCAUCUUUCUUUAUAGAAGUAUAAGAUUUAUGCACAAGAGGGUUCACUACGAGAUUCCAAGAGUGAUGGCAAGGGCUCUUGAGUGCUUUUUGUCUGAGGGGCAGAAAAGGGCUGUGGAGGUAAGGGGUUCAGCAUGCCUUGAGUCUGACCUUUAUGGCAAAGAAGGCUACCCCUGGAAAUGUAUGAAGUUAAACUGA